UAUUUAAAAAAGUGCAAAACGGACAUCAAUAGACAACAGACAACAGCUCUGUUCUGCAGGGAGGGCUGAUAACGGCAGCUCGCACAGACGAAGCAGGCACAGGAGGAAAGGGGCAGCGGAGACGUCACCUGAAGACCAGCCAUGGAGGUCCAGGUCCUGGAACAUAUCCGGCACUCGCUACUGAGUGACAGAAACAAAGACCUGAUCAUAGACAAGCUGCUGAGUCUCACCAUGGAGAUUAUCUGUCUGCUGACUAGAGAGGAUUUCAUUGUUGUGAGAAAGUCGGGUGACCAGGUGACAGACAUCAGCGGCCCCCCUGUGUCAGACAGAAGCAGCGGCACCCAGAGUCAAAACCCGGAGGCUGCGCCUCAUGCGCCAACAGGGAAGAGGAGCCGUGACAGGAAUAUCCAGGCACCUACUGAGGUAUAUCACAGAGAGACAGGAAAGGUGCCUGGGAAGUGUAAGGAUGUGGAGGUCUCGUUCUCUGUGACAGAGUGGGACUGUUCAGGCGGACACAAUGACGUUGUAAUGGACCCUCCGCAGCUGCGUGACUCAGUGGGUGAGUGUAGCUCUAGAAGCCCCCCAGGACGAUGUGAGACCCCUCUGUACUCUGGGGAUUAUAUAAAGGAAGAGAACCGGAUUGUCAUAGAGGAUUAUCAGGAUGAGCCGGGACACGGGGUGUAUCACCCGCAGUGUAAGGAAGAGGAGCCCGUCCCUGAUCCCACCAGCUCAGGUGGGUGCAGCUCUAGAAAUCCCGCAGACCCCUGUGAGACCCCUCUGUACUCUCCGGGCUGUAUAGAGGAAGAGAACAUGACUGUGACACAGGAAUAUCAGGAGGACCCGGGACACGUGAUAUAUCACCGGCAGUGUAAGGAAGAGGCCGUUCCUGCUGAGAUCAGCCCAGGUGGGUGUAACCCUACACACCCCGCAGACCCAUGUGACACCCCUCUCUAUACUCCGGGGUGUAUGGGAGAAGAGAACAGGAUGAUCAGCCAGGAUUAUCAGGCUGUGCCAGGAGACAGGAUGUGUUACCAGCGAUGUAAAGAAGAGGACGUUCCUGCUGAGAUCAGAUCAGGUCCGCACGCCUCAUCACACUAUCCUGAGAAGACGCAUCAGUGCUCGGAGUGUCAGCAAUGUUUCCCUAAUCAUUCAGCCCUCGUCACCCAUCAGCAAACGCAUAGCGCCAGUAAUCUGUACUGGUGCUCGGUUUGCGAACUGCGUUUCAGCUCCAAAUUGGCUCUUACCGCCCAUCAGCGCUGUCACAUAAAGGACAAACGGUUUCAUUGCUCUUAUUGUGGGAAAUCCUUUAAUCAGAGGUCACGUCUCCUGUCACAUAAGAGGACUCACACCGGGGAGAGGCCAUUUUCAUGCCCAGACUGUGGGAGAUGUUUUACAGAUAGAUCUGUUCUUACUAAGCACCAGCGGAUUCACUCUGGCAAUAAGCCGUUUAAGUGCACGGAGUGCAGCAAAUGUUUUGUCCAUAAAAGCGACCUUGUCAAGCAUCAGCGCACUCACACCGGGGAGAGGCCGUUUGUGUGUUCCCACUGCGGCCGCUGCUUUUCUGAUGGCUCAAAUCUUGGUCGACAUCAGAAAGUUUUGCACCGGUCUAAAUGAAUACACUGCCCCAGUCACAUACAUUGCAAGGCUUGUUUACAAACUGGAAAAACAAAAUGGCUUCUUUCCCCACCAAAUGCAUUAUAAGGGGCGGGGCUAUGUGUUUUGGUCCUCAAGCCUGUACAUGUAGAAGGUGCUGUGUCCAGUUAUGAAUUCAUCUAAAAAUGUGCAUGGUUGUUACAGUGAAAACAUCACUUGAAUUACUUAUUUAUGUUAUAUUGGGUAUAAGAGUGAAGGGAUAUUGGAACUGUCACUUGUGUGUAUGACUAGUGAUUACUGUGUUUCUUCAUCCUCAGAAAAGACCAACUGUAAGGCUAGAUUUCCAUCAUUCAGAGGAGCUGAAAAAGUCAAGUUCUCUUAAUGGAAAAUGCUUCACUCCCAGCAGGGUCGGAACUAGCCUUUGCGGCGCCCCGGACGGAAAAAACAGGGGCUUGGCUUCAUGAAGGGGCGUGGUCAGUUAUGCCCCCAGUAGUAUUGCCCCCAGUAGAGUUGUUGUGCCCUCAGUAGGAUUGCCCCCAGUAGAGUUGUGCCCCCAGUAUUAUUGCCCCCAGUAGAGUUGUGCACCCUAGUUUGUGCCGCUUACAAAAAAUAAAUUAAUACUUACCAUCCCCGCUCCUGAUUCCCGACCGCUGCUGCCCUCCGUGUGCGGGCGCCGCUCCUCUGAUCUAUGGGAAAGACAUCAUGACUUCAGCGUUCACUGCACAGUCAGCACCGGGGGGCACCACCAGUAGCAGAUCUUGCCACAGCGGCGGCGCCCUCUGGAAGGCGGCGCCCUGGGCAAAAAUCCUGCGUGCCCGUAGCAAGAUCCGCUACUGACUUCCAGGCUGUGCCAUUACCUACCUGGCUAGUAGAGCCGGGUGCUGGUUUUAAAAAAUUGUGGGGAAUCCUACCUCCUUUUUCCAUAUUUGUGCAAGCAGGUCCAGUCCAAGCCCUGGAGGAAGGGGGGGGGGGGAUUUAAAUAAUAUGGGGUCAUCACAUGUGUCCCCCCCCUUCCUGUAUUUUGAGAACCAGGACCGGCUGUUUGUGCUUGUGGGUGGGACCAUUUUAACCAUUUGCACAGAGAAGCACUGAGUACAUCUCACUAAUCUGUGCAGGCUUCUCUAAGCAUGCUGCUGAGGUGAGCGAUUAUGUGAAUAGUGUAUUGUGAUCUGGGUUUUAACUAUUCACGGGUGUGUUUGCAGCAACGAUUCUAGGUAAAUUCCUGUGUUUCAGUGUUUAUAGAAUUGACAUCCAAGCUUGGCUGAAGGUGUUUUUGAUCAUAUGCCUAUGACUACCUGUGUUUUGUACUUCUAUUUGAACAAACAUUCCCAUGUUUGUUCUUUAGUACAUUUCUGUGAAUGAAUAAAUGCCCAAACACUCCUGCGUUUUCCAAAUCAGACUAACAAGGAGCUUAGUACAUUGACCCCUUAUUGUUUUCCUCUUAACACCAGUCAGAAUACCCAGCCAUCUCUCAUCCUGACCCUGUGCUCCUUGCCCACUUCUACUCCAUCUGUGUCACCCCUGUCUGUCUGCCUCUCCCCUUCAGAAUGUAAGCUGUCACGAGCAGGGCCCUCUCCCCUCAUAUGCUUUUCCGUCUCUUUCUUAGACUGUCUUCUGCUCCAUACUCCCUAGAACGGCACCUAACCCUGAUGCUUUUUUCAGUGUCCUGUCCACUGAUGUAGAAAUGUUUAUAUACAGUACCUUGUACUUGUCCUAUGUUGUCUUCUACUGUAAGUCUCUGUUUCCUUGUUUUGCUCAUUUGUUUAUGUACUUUGUUAGGCGCUGCAGAACCCCUUGUGGCGCCAUAUAAAUACAUGAUAAAAUAAAUACUUGUAGUGUAAA